GAUUUUUACCCUGCCCCAAUUUGGUCACACUGCCCAAGCGUCACUUUUCAAUUUUCGAUUUCUUUGUUGCCGGAUUUUUUCAAAGCUUCUUCAGCUGCAAAAUGAGUUUUUUGAGCAAUAGCGGCACGGUUCAUGUGGAAGUUCUCCUGAAAACCACCGAUAUUCGUCUCAAUACCAUUCGCGCCGAAGUUGAGCCCAUUUUAAGCGAUUACUUGAAGUCGUUCAAAAAUUUGCCCAGAAAUGUGGCAUUCAAGCCGGGUAUUGAACUCGCCACUGUGAAAAGCAUCCUCCUGGAGCGCGACAAUGGCGAUGGAAAGGCGUGGCAGCCCAACGAGACCAAGUAUCGCUAUCAUUUCUACAUGACCCAGCGGGAGGAGCACAAUGCAGGACUCUUUCCGGCCAGAGGAAGUGGAGAUUCCGAUGAUCUCAGUAGCGUCGUGGAGGCGAAUCAUGUCCUCCUGCCCGCCGUUCAGUUUGUGGGCCUGUGGGAGAACCUCAUCUACGAGGUGGGACUGAAGGAGAAGCUCCUGAAGUUUGCCCUUUCCGCUCUGACCUUCUCCAAGCACAGCGUGAACAUGAAUGUGAUCGCCUGCAACCGGCUGCUGCUGCUCCAUGGACCACCGGGCACGGGCAAGACGAGCCUCUGCAAGGCUCUGGCCCAGAAGCUGGCCAUCCGCACCCAAGGCAGCUAUGCCUACACCCACCUGGUGGAGAUCAACAGCCACAGCCUGUUCUCCAAGUGGUUCUCCGAGAGCGGCAAGCUGGUGGCGCGCCUUUUCUCAAAGAUCGCCGAACUGGUGGCGGAUCGCAACAAUCUGGUUUGCGUGCUGAUCGACGAGGUGGAGUCGCUGGCCUACGCCAGGAGCUCCAUGUCCAGCAACGAGCCCAGGGAUGCCAUGCGCGUGGUGAACGCUGUGCUGACGCAGCUGGAUGACAUCAAGAACUGUCCCAAUGUCCUCGUCCUGGCCACCUCCAAUCUGGCCCAGAGCAUUGACCUGGCCUUCCUGGAUCGCGCCGACAUCCGGCUGUUUAUCGGUUACCCCGGCAUGUCGGCCAUUCGCAGCAUUUACAAGACCAUGCUGGCGGAGCUUAUGUCGGCGGGAGUUGUGCAGCGCGAGGCUCUGGAGGGCGAGGACGCCGAGGAGGGUCUACUGACCCAGUUGGCCGAGCGGAGCGUUGGCGUAAGUGGACGAACGCUGCGAAAGUUGCCUCUGCUGGCCCAUGCCCAGUACACCAGUAGCGCUGCCUUCGAGUUGGAUCAGAAAAUCAGUCUGGCGGACUUUCUGGACGCCAUGCUGGGCGCCUUGGAGCAGCACGUGGCCGAUCAGCGCCUGCUGAAGCUGGAGUCCAUGGAGGAGCUCUAAAUUUCCUACCUACUCUAAGUCCAUCGAAUGCGUUACUUUGUAAACUUCAAUUUUGCUGCUAUGAAAAACAAUCCCCAUUCUGUU